AUGGACUUCGAAAAUAACGUUAAUAAUGAUUCAAAGGCAGAAUACUACGAUAUCGAUGAAAAUAGUAGUAUCUUGUCCGUAAAGAUACCUCAAGAUACAUUCACGAAGUGGAUUGAAGGGAAAGUUCGAGAACUCUCUCUAUUCGUUUGUCUCGACAUUUCGGGUUCGAUGUCAGGCUCUGCAAUUAUCCAAGCGAAGGAAGCGAUCCUGCAAUUAAUGGGGGAACUCUUUAACAGAAAAAUUCUUUCUGAAAAAGAUGUUACCUGCUUUUUCUUUAAUCACGCGUGUGAAGUGAAGAGAUUCUCCGAAGACCCGAACAUGCUUUGGGAAAAUGGGAAGAUUAGAUCGUUUUUUGAUACAGUCAAAUCUGGGGGAGGCACCGAUUUCGGAUGUGUCUUCUCUUCAAUAAUUGAGAACUUGGAAAAAGUCAUGUCCGAAAAUUUGGCCAUCAUCUUCUUCACAGAUGGUCAAAAUGGUGGACCAGACCUCGAGGGUAACAAAAGAAAUUUAGCAUCUGCUUUGAUGAAUUCCCCGCUUAAUACGGAAGUUCACAGUAUUGGGUUUACGAGUGGUCAUGACGCAGCCCUCCUCUUGUGGUUGGUAAAAUGCGCUAAAAAGGAAGGAAACUUUCAGUACGUGAAAUCAUCAGGCGACAUUCCUGAAACGAUGAAGAUCACUUUUGAAUUAUUGGAAACCGGUGAUAGAACAUUCUAUCUCCAGAUAGGUGAUCGAAAUCCGCUCCCAGUCAAUUUUGAUGGCAAUGGAUUUGGAAAGGUAGCUCUUGCUGGUGACUCGUCCAAAGUUGAAGGGCAAAGUAUCAUUGUUAAAAAGAGUAUUGAGGCUGAAGUAAAUACUUCGGAAAUUGAACAAUGCGAACUCCCUGUGCCACGAAGAAUUCUCGAAGAUGAUCCAGGAUCAGCGCUAAUGGUUAUUCCCUUUAUUGAAAUUGAGGUCACAAGGCUGUCGAAUGAAGUAAUUAACGAUAAUAGUGAACAAGAGACCAAGAGGCAAAGGUUUAACGAGAUUUUGGAAUUGGCAAAUAAAUAUGAUGAUAAGGUGAAUGUCAUUGUGCAGAAUGCCUUUCGUACUAGAUCCGUUAAGCGAAGAGACAUUAUUCAACAAUGUAUGACAGUUAAAUCUACGAUUAACAGCUUUAAGACCAUUUUAUCCGAAGCGCUAAAAGGUACCUUGACGAAUGAAAAGAUCGCAAAUUUCAACAAUAUAGCAUACAAAAAUAUCACGAAACAGAGAUUAAAAGGCAGGCUUAACGAUCGCGCAAUCAAAAACAUUGAUAAGAUGGAAGAUGUGGAAAAGAAGAUCGAGAAGAUCGUCAAUUCCCUGGAUUUUGAUAAACUUGAGAGCGAAGAAACAGAAGAAAAUCUUCUGACCUUCUCUUGUAUGAUCUCUACCGAUAAUUACAUUGAAGCAAUGAAAGAGGGUGAAUGUAUUUGCUUGACCCUCGAUGUUUCAAGAUCACAGGCAGCCAUCGCAGACCCUUCGCAAGUUAAUGUCAAAAAAAUUAACCAAACCUUUUUAAGUUCUGGUGCGUUCCUGGAUUCGGUUAAGUUUGCAUUGGAAGAGAAUGCACCCGAAAAUGUGCAUGGAGGGUUUCAAUUCAGCCUUUUCGGACAAAGUGCGAUCCAGGGUAUGGCGCGUGAAAAUAUUACAGGUAUACUUCCUUUGUACAUAAAUGAGAAACAUUGGUCUAUUGCAAGGGAGAAAAUGAAGCCGAUAAUGGGAUAUGUAACAACCCUUGACAUGUUUGGAUACGCAUAUUCCCAAGUCACGACAGUACCUUUCUUGGUCCUUGCUAAAGCUCUCUCAGACACCUCAUCAGAGUUCCGUCGGCGUCAGUUCAAAUUAAUUCUGGAUACCUGUAAUGCAAUCUACAAAGAAUCCAAAAAUCUCCGAGAAGAAAAUAAACAAUUAUUCGAGAAGUACAUGGAGUCCCCAUUGAAUCGUACAAUCGAUGUUGUUCCCAAUAAUCUGGUCUACCUUGGUCACCUGCUAUGUGCACUCAGGUGCGGUGAUGUUACCCCGCAAGAUUUAGAAAGUUGGUUGAAAAACAGAUUGAUUGAAUACUUGAUGGAGGAAACAAUACGUAGAAAGUUAAACAAGUUCACCUUAAUUGAGGAGGAAAUGAAGGACGUUUCAAAGGUUUUAGGAAUUGAUAAAAGGGAAUACAUCGAAGAUCCAAUUAAUCAGUUUAGAAACGAUUAUGCAGAGUACAUUAAGGCAACAAUGGAUGCCGAUAAAAGUGUAAACGUUCGUUAUUCAAUCGCGAUUCAAAAAGCCUUGGCAGACAUAGGAGUAAAUUACGAAGUCGACAUUGAAAGUCAACAGGAUGUUGAAAGUAAAACGAAAGAAUUCCAUGCACCUACAAUCAAAACUCAAUUAUAUAACUCCACAACUUUCCAAGUUCCCGAAACUUCCAUUAUCAAAAAGAUUAAAGAUAUAUUCGCAGGAACUGCUGAAACCAUUCUAAGGUUUAAUAAGAUAUUUGAAUCUUUUAUUACUACCAAUUCAAGCCUGGAAUCUUGUUUGGAAAGUCCAGAAUUUCACUUUGCCGAGGAUAAAACUACAUUGGCCUCUUCUUUCUUUGAUAAAUAUCCUCUCAAGGUUCAGGUGGCCACAUUGCUUCAAUCAUACAUGCAUCGCCAAAAUUCGGAACGUCGAGACGCUGUUGUAUCCGAACCUGUCAGAUACCAUGAACCAUUUUCCGAAAAAACGGCAGAUACCAUAAUAGAAACCUAUUUUAACGAAUAUGUGGUAACUAACCUGAACAAUGGGUCCUCAGAAAUAGUUAAAACCUUCACAGCUGAAAGGGACGACGCGCUUGGCAUUAUAUUCUGGAGAUUGGAAAGCGAAGAACAAGCUGCAGGAUUUUUACUAGAGGAAGUGAAAUUCAGAGGUCGCAAAUUUUUUGCACAGAUGCUUAAAGCAUUGCAAAGGGGAGGACUGUGUUUGCCUAAAGAAAAGAUUUCAAUGGUUAUUCGAGGUGAAUGGAAGGGUAUCGUCUUAUUCUCUGACAAGCCGAAACAUCCUGAGGAUCCUGAAAGAAUGGCAAGAUUUAUCAGCAACGCCAAAUGGCGCCCAUCAAGACGUACAAUUUAUCGUACAAUUAAAGCUCAAAGAAGUCAGAUACCCGAUGUUAAAUGGUGGAUCGAUCUAGUUCCUAUGCAUAAGGAUUAUCUUGAGCUUCAAUUCGACAAUGAACUAAUGAAAAAGUUGGCCAGGCAGAGAUACGAGGCCGCGAACGGAGUUGUGAAUAAUUAA